AUGAUUCGCAUUAGGCGCUCAAUUUGCAAACAGGUGAGAGGAAAUGGAUUCAAAACGGAGUUACCUGUUAUAACCAAUCCCAUCUCCUUGAAGCUAAAACAACUAAAUGGCGUUACCAAUGCCCUGGAGGUACCGGUGAAGAAGCAGAUACUGCAGAAUGGCCACCGGCCGAGCCUGGAAUGGAUUAUUCCUUCUGCGGUUGCGCAACAGGAAAAGGAGCUACUACGGGAGGUAAACGAUCUCAGAUUUGAUGACACCUACAUCGAGAAGGUUAAAACUAUCCCCAGCUCUGGGCGCAAUGCAGCCAAAGUAGAGUUCCAGCUGCACCCGCAGGCAUUUGUGGAGAGCGUGUUGCGGAACAAAUCAAAUCCCUUGCCUCAACCAAAUUCAGAGCACGUCGUGGUAGAAUACAGUUCGCCGAACAUUGCCAAACCUUUUCACGUGGGACACCUGCGCUCUACUAUAAUUGGCAACGUGCUGGCUAAUCUCCACCAGCAUCUGGGCUACCGGACAACUCGCGUGAACUACUUGGGAGAUUGGGGCACACAAUUCGGUCUGCUGGCGCUGGGAGUUGAGCUUAACAAUGUAAGUGAUAAGACUAUGCAGACAUCGCCCAUUGAAACGCUGUACAAAGCCUACGUAGUCGCCAAUAAAGCAGCAGAAGAUAGUCCUGAAAUAGCCCAGCAGGCAAGGGAUCUCUUCACUGCUUUGGAAGCUGGCACAAACGAAAAAAUGGCCAAAAAGUGGCAACAGUAUCGGCAGUACACUAUAGAGGACCUGUCAAAAGUCUAUAGCCGACUAGGUGUCCACUUCGACAGCUACGAGUGGGAGUCCCAAUAUUCCCAGCAACAAAUCCUCGAAGUUUUGGAUCAGAUGCGUAAGGCUGGAAUCCUGCUCAGAGAAUCGGAUGGCCGUGAGAUUGUUAGUGUCGAUGGUAGGCGCAUUCCAGUGAUCAAAAGCGAUGGCUCCACCUUAUACCUGGCCAGGGACAUUGCCGCUCUGCUAUCACGAUUGGAUCGCCUAAAUUUCUCUCGCCUACUGUAUGUGGUGGACAAUGGCCAAGCAGAUCACUUCAAUGCCCUCUUUAAGACAGCGUCGAAUCUAAAUAAUCGCUUAAAUAAAGAAAGCCUUAAACAUGUCAAGUUUGGAAGAAUCCAUGGUAUGAGCACUCGCCAGGGCACGGCUAUAUUUCUCAAGGACGUCCUGGAUGAAGCUCGGGAUAUUAUGAGGGAAAAACGGAGUCUAAGUGCAACCACCAAAGAAAAUACUUCCUUCGAUGACGAGCAUGUCUGUGAUAUUCUUGGCGUCUCCGCGGUGUUAGUAAAUGUCCUUAAACAGCGCCGACAGCGCGAUUACGAAUUCAACUGGAACCAGGCCCUUCAAGUUAAUGGGGACACUGGAAUUAAGCUCCAGUACACGCACUGCCGUCUAAACAAUUUAUUGGAGAAUUUUACAGAAGUUGAUGUAGACGAUAUUAGACCGAACUGGGAUCACUUCGCCACAGAGCCUCUGGAGGCUUUGGAUUUGGUUUACGAACUAGCUCGUUUCGAUCAAAACGUCUGGCAAUCAAAGGAGCAGUUGGAGACAUGUGUCCUGGUUAACUAUCUAUUUGGACUUUGCAACACAACCAGCCGAGCUCUUAAACGCUUGCCAGUCAAGCAGGAAGCUUGUAGGCAAAAACAAUACCAAAGACUGCUUCUCUUCCACGCCGCCAAGCAGACCCUCCAACAAGGAAUACAAAUCUUGGGUCUCAGACCUCUCGACCAAAUGUAGAUGAAAGAAAUAAAAAAUACCAAA